AUGCCAACGCAUUUUUUAUUUUUAUUGAGGGCGGGGCCUCCGCUGUUUCCGGGGUUUAUUGCGGCAUCUAUCUGGAUAGCCAGCAGCCAGCAGCAACCCAUUGAAUACUGCUGCAAGUCCGUACGGGAUACGACACCCUGCACACCAACAGCAGCACCAGCAGCAGCAGCAGCAGCAGCAGCAGCAGCAGGAGGUGGAGGAGGAGGAGCAGCAGCAGCAGCAGGAGGAGCAGCAGCAGCAGCAGCAGCAGAAGCGGAGGAAACUGAGAUAGGUUUAGAUGUACGGGUUUGUGGUUUGUGGUUUGUGGUCUAG